AAUACCCUACCACCCCAGAACCCGGGACCCCCAGGUUCACCCAGAGUCCGCACAAUGCGGGCGCCGCCAUUGGGGGCGCCGUGGGGGGAGUUGUCCUGUUGGGCGUGGCGGCCGCGCUGCUCUUCGUGUUCCUCCGCCGCCGCCAGCGCACCUUCAAGGGCGACUACAGCACCAAGAAGCACGUGUUCGGGAACGGGUACAGCAAGGCCGGCGGCCUGCCCAGCCACCCCCCCAUGCCCAAGAACCUGCAGUACACGGAGGACUCGGACGACGAGAAGAAGCCCACCCAGAUCAGCACCACCGGCGGGUUCGAGGCGAGCGAGCGUAACUUCGACGCCGAGUCGGAGGACUUGAAGAGACCGUACUUCACUGUGGACGAGGGGGAGAGCCGGGACUACGACGAGCGGACUCUGGCCUUCCAGUACGACCCGGAGCAGGAGAUAGCCGACGAUAUGAUCUCUCAAACCGACGGUUCUGUCAUUUCUAAGAAAGAGUGGUACGUGUAGUGGCAUGCAACAACCAAAACAACCUUCUGUUCCCCACCUGCAUUCCAUCUCACCUUCACCUCCAUCCCCCACACCUUCACACAGUCCUGCCCCCCAACCCUCAUCAGACCCCAUCCAGCUAAUCUCACCUAGAAAGGCGAGGGUCUACUUAAAGUGCAACAAAGUAUGAACUUACAGCGUUAUGAUCAGUUCCAUCAGGUGAACAGGGGGGGGGAAAUAAAAACUAAGGUAUGUCAAACGACUUGCUGAACAGUGAUUGGUUUGUUAAUGUUGUUGUAUUUCUUCAGUUUGUGUAUUUUUUUUCAUGUUAUAAAUGUAUUAAAUGUUAAAAAAAAAAGAAAAGAAAACAGGUUGAGGUUUUGCCGAGCACAUUUGUGAAAGUCCAACACUGGAUGUUUGGUUUGUUUUCCUUUUCUAUCAGCAUUGAAAUGUGUCAUUUUUUUUAUAAUCUCUUUUUGUAAGACCUUUAAGUGAGCAGAGAAGUCAUGGUUGCUGUUUCAAUUUUUUUUAAUUUUUUGGUCAAGUGUUUCAGAAAAGAAAGAAAAUACUGUACAGACUUGUGUCAUUUAUAACAGCUCUAAUAAGCUGUUCUCCAAAGACAUGAUGAAUAUUUCGGCCCCUCGUGUUUAUGUGCUGUAAUUGUUUCAUCACUAAGAUGGUGUCAGUCUACUGAGCCAUAUAGAUGUGGCAGCAACAUAAAAAUGCUAUGUUUUUUUUACUAGAACCUUGUCCUUGUAUAAUCAGCGCCCUUAACGGUGAUUCAGAAAAGCUGAAAAGGGCUGCAGUUGUGUCAUAAACAACAAUUUCAACUUUUCAGUGGUGCAACGUGAUUACGUCCAAAAGACAUUUAGUGAGUCUCACAGGAAGAUCUCUAAUAACGCUCUGAAAUGUCAUGAUUGUCUCUUGACUUGAACAGUUUGACCUGUGUGCACACGCUCAAAAUAUUACCACUAUAAUGAAAUGUCUGGGGUGUUUUUCUGUGCGUGUUGAGCUGUGGCGAUUAUCUUUUUUUCUGACCCCCUUUUUAUCGAAAACGGAUGUCAGCGAGAAGCGUCUGAGGAUUUCUCCCAAUAAUGACACUGCCUCUCCAGUUUGGGACUGUUUGCUGAAGAGCUGGCUCACGUCGACGCGUUUUUUUUUUCCACGAGGAGUCGUCCGCGGACACGGAGGACUGACAUGAGGGGGGCGGGAUGUCAACCCGAUGCUUGUAUUUAAGCCGACCGAAAAGAUUUUAACAAGGAAAGGGAUUUAAAGCCGUAACGGUGGCCAUGCUGCAUUGUAAGUAAGCAGUAGAGAAAAAGAAGCCAGCUGCUGCUUUUUAUUUUAAUUUUUACUUUAAUGAAUUUCAGUUCCUGUUUUUUAUUUUUUUAUUAUAUUUUUUUUUGGUCAUUUUUAAAAUAACAAAUAGUUUUACUUUAAUGUGAUUCGAACCUGCGUACAUGGACACUGUCUGCAGGUAUUUGUUUUUAAAAUUGGUGUGAACAAGUGCCAGUGGAUGCUAGUACAGCAACAGACUCUUUUUUUUCUCCUCAGCUUUGAGGUUUAUUAUCAACAAAAUGUUUUUGAUUUGAACUAAAAAAAAAAGAGAAAAAAAAGCAGCUCAAUGUGAGAAAUCCGCGAUAAAAGAAGCGUCGCAGUAAAUCUGUGGAUGUAAACAACAUAUCUGACUGGCUCUGAACAAUAUAAAUACUGUAUUAAGCCUUAUUUUAUGCAUGUUUUUAUGUGUGGGAGUGGAAAUGGAUUUGUUUGUAUUUCUUUCUUUUUUUUUACAUUCAAUUUGUGUGUUUGUCCUCAGUUGCAGCUUAAAAGAUGACUCUUUUUUUCUGUGUUAUCAGUACUGACAGAGGUAUGAGUUUAUCGGUACGCGGUACCCGGCAACAAUAUUGUAGUUAACACAAAAAUACAUGUAUAAAUAUAUAUGUUAAUUAAUAAAGAUGACAAAAAAACAUGUCUGUGAGAUGAGAGCUCGCAGGUGUGAAUGUUUUACAGUCCAUGCUUGUCUAUUGUAUGCUUUUAGAUGAGCAUGUUAAUCAUGAGCCUCAAAACUAUGUAUAAAAAACACAAAUUAGCAUUCAAAAGUGGAAACUAUCAUGUUCUUAAUUUAAAAAAAUCAGUUUGAGUUUAGUUCUGUUCCAUUUCUAGAUUAUAUUUCCUGGUUCGAAUCAUUUUUGUGGCCUUAUGUUUAUUUCAUUGAUGUACGAUUUAAAGUAAAGUAAAUAAUAAUUUCCGCUGUCAGCGAACAAAAAGACAUUUGGAGUUUUAUAAUGUUUAUUUCACAGGCAGGGGGACUGCUUUUUUUCAUACGCCUUUUUAAUAUUUUUCAUUUCAAACACUUUACAAUGCAUCAUAAACACAAAAGCGCAGUUUUAUCUUUUAUUCCUACAUUUGGUGCCUUUCAAGGUAAAGCGGCAUUAGGUAGUCUGAGCAGUCACUUUCUGAUCAUUUAGCUUAUUCACAUCCUAAAUAGCUCCAUAAAUAAUGCUGGAUGGAAAACAAACCUCUUAAAUUUCAGACAAAUGAUAGUUGUUUACACGUUCCAGUUCGAGUAGUCGGGGGGUCCGUCCCCUCCCCUCCCAGCUGCGGCACUUUAUUAACCCUGCGUCUAUACUUGAUGGUUAAAUCAAAUUAAAAGCUGCAUUUAUUACCAUUUUAAACUAAUGACGACUAAAUGUUGACACAGCACUCAGUACUUGAAUGGUUUAAGUCAUAAAGAGAUCUAAUUUCUGGAAAUUAGUCACACGUUGCUGACUUUCUUAAGCACAACAAUCGAAACAGUAAUCCAAUGAAGAGAUAUUUGACUCGUACGUCUGAAUUAAUCAACGUUGCCCCCGUUUGAAAGCACAAAUGCGAGGUUUUUAUUUAACAUUCUGCUGCGUUCAUGAGGAAACCACUGCCACGCCUGCUUCUUAGUCAUGUUGCAAAGAAAAACAAAUCAUUUCAUUCGGGAGUUAACGUUUGUGUGAACCAAUCUUAACGUUAAUUUUGUGUAAUAGUGGCCAUAACUUCAUUCCAUCCUAAUCUACAUUUUGUAUUCAGUAUGUUCAACAUUCCACUGUAAAUACUGUACAUACAGUUGAGAUUAUAAUCUGGGUUUAUUUGGGGUUAUCUGUGUUGGGAGCCUGUAAUGUAAAAUAAACCUUAUUUUGUCUGCAAACACGGAGAGUCUGUGAUGGAUAGAUGAAGUUGAUGCUUAAGGUUUUGUUUUUUCUUUUCUUUUCUAAAAAUCCCACCUGAAAAUGUUCAUCUCAUACCUUUUCCACAUGCCAACAAUGACUUGGUUGACAUGACUGGGCCGGGUUACAGUUUGUCAAUAUGAUGGUACUGAACUAAGCUCAAGAGAGGGGAAAAAAUGUUUUUAUGCAGCCAUGUGAAUGUAUAUUUCUGAGGGUGUUAUAAAUAUAAAAAAGUUUAAAAAAAGACUUGUUCAAUUGUGAUGACCCCGUAAAGUAACUUGUAUUUGUUUUAAGCAUUAAAUGAGUUCAAUAGUCAA